AUGUCUUCGAUACCUAAGUUGCCGCUUCAUGAGCCCAUCGCUAUCAUUGGCAGUGCUUGCCACUUUGCCGGUGGGGUCAACAAUCAAUCAGAACUCUGGGAUCUUCUUCGAAAUCCACGAGAUGUCCGCAGUGAGAUUCCUGAUGAUAGGUUCAAUGCGAAACGGUUCUACCACCCUAACCACGCACACCAUGGCCAUAGUAAUGUCAUGCAUUCUUACCUUAUUGAGGGUGAUGUGCGUGCUUUUGACGCCGAAUUCUUUGGCAUCAAGCCCGUUGAAGCUGCGGUCAUGGACCCACAGCAACGAGUGCUGAUGGAGACGGUCUAUGAAUCGAUAGAAGCGGCAGGGAUGACUUUGGAGAACCUCAAACAUAGCGAUACAGGUGUCUUCGUUGGGGCGAUGUGCGCCGACUUCGAGGCCAUGCAGUUUCGUGAUCUUGAUGCCAUACCAACUUACCUGGCCACUGGAUCAGCGAGAAGUAUUCUCUCAAAUAGGAUCUCCUAUUUCUUUGAUUGGCAUGGACCAAGCAUGACAAUCGAUACAGCAUGCUCGUCGAGUCUUGUAGCUGUUCAUCUUGCAGUCAAGGCAUUACGGACUGGCGAAUCGAAAAUGGCUGUUGUUGGGGGUUCAAAUCUGAUUCUAGGUCCAGAAAGUUAUAUAAUGGAGAGCAAAUUGAAGAUGCUGUCUCCCGACGGUAUUGGAAGAAUGUGGGAUAAAGAUGCUAACGGGUACGCGAGGGGCGAUGGCGUGGCAUCUAUCGUAUUGAAAACUUUGAGCUCGGCUAUUGCCGAUGGUGACCAUAUUGAGUGUGUCAUUAGGGAGACUGGGGUUAAUCAAGAUGGUACCACUACAGGAAUUACCAUGCCCAGUGUCACUGCCCAACAAGCUUUGAUCGAACGCACAUACGCCAACGCUGGUCUUAACCUACAUACUGUAAAUGAUCAACCCCAGUUGUUUGAAGCUCACGGGACAGGAACGCCAGCGGGUGAUCCUAUAGAAGCAGAGGCGAUCAGCAGAGCGUUUCUUGGACAUGGUAAACCAGCGCGGUCCCCGGAUGAUCCUCUGUUCGUCGGGUCUUUUAAGACCAUCCUUGGACACACAGAAGGUACAGCGGGGAUUGCAGCAAUUCUCAAAGCCUCGUUGGAAAUCCAGCAUGGUCAAAUCACCCCAAACCUCCAUUUUGAAACCAUCAGCCCUACGGUAGCUCCAUUCUACGAUAACCUCCAAAUUCCCAAAUUAGCUCGACCUUGGCCCAAAUCUCCCAAGGCGCCUAGACGCGCAAGUGUAAACUCAUUUGGCUUCGGUGGUACCAAUGCCCAUGCUAUCCUUGAAAGUUAUGAGGCGGAUUCCCAUCGUGCUGAAAUGGAAUCUUCAGCGCAUGCAGGCCCACUUUUCAGCCCCUUUUUGUUUUCUGCGACGUCCGAGAGAUCACUGAGAGCCAAUUUACAGGCCUUUGCGACUCAUCUCGGGGAACAUACUUCAUACAACGCCCAAGAUAUCUCCUACACGUUAAGCCAGCGUCGUUCAGCGUUUUCGCGUCGGGUAGCAUACCCGUCAUUAUCCCUGGAUGAUCUCAGAAGUCAAAUAUUGUCGAGCCUUGAGGAUAAGGAUACCCCGAUUGGAGUAAAGGCAUCAAAGUCCACAGAUGGAAGUCCUCCAAAGAUUCUGGGCGUUUUUACCGGCCAGGGCGCUCAGUAUCCUCAAAUGGGAAAGAGCCUCAUCGAAAAGUCUCCAACCGCAUCCCGAAUAAUCAAAGACCUAGAGUCGCAUCUCUUGGCGCUCCCAGAACCAGACCGACCUUCAUGGUCUCUUCGAUCUGAACUACUUACCCCAACAUCUCGUGUUCACGAAGCCGCGAUUUCUCAGCCGCUAUGCACAGCCAUUCAGAUUUUAUUAGUCGAUCUCUUACGAACGGCCGGCGUAAAAUUUGAUAUUGUUGUUGGCCAUUCUUCUGGAGAAAUCGCCGCAGCAUAUUCUGCUGGCUAUCUCACUGCGCGCGAUGCCAUACUUAUCGCAUAUUAUCGUGGGCUACACUGUAAGCAUGCUUCAAGCCCCAAUAAAGAUGCGAAAGGUGCGAUGCUUGCCGUUGGGACAUCUCUAGAAGAUGCAACUGAAUUGUGCGAAGACGAUCUAUUCGCAGGUCGCAUCAGCGUCGCGGCUUGUAACUCAUCAAGUAGCAUCACAAUCUCAGGAGAUGAGGAUGCAAUUGAUGAAUUGGAAGCCGUACUGCAAGAUGAAGGGAAAUUCCAUCGCCGUCUUAGAGUUGAUCAAGCCUACCACUCUUUACACAUGCUGCCAUGUGCCCCGCCUUAUAUCGAGUCCCUACUUCGCGCCGGGGUAAAAUCUCAGAUCCCUCCAGAAUCGAAUAAAUGCCUAUGGUACUCAAGCGUGUAUAAUGGAAACCUCAUGAAGCCUGAUGUUGGUCCAGGUCUUGAAUACUGGGCUGAAAAUAUGAUAAAGCCAGUUUUAUUCAAUCAAGCACUCACAGCUGCUCUCACAGACCAUGUAGAUAUCGACGCUGUUCUUGAAGUUGGCCCCCACCCGGCUCUUAAAGGACCGGCUUCUCAAUCCAUUUCCGAACUUUUGAAACACGAUGUUCCGUAUCACGGCUGUCUUGACCGGAAUAUGGAUUCUAUUCAAGCAAUGUCAAAGUGUCUAGGAUUCCUAUGGUCGAAUCUAGGCAAUAGCUCGCUAGAUCUACUUGCCUACGAGACUGCAGUUUCUGGGACAGGAGAGGUUCGACGCACUCUUGUCAAGGGAUUGCCCUCAUACCAAUGGGAUCACGGGACGAUACACUGGCAAGAGUCUCGAAAAUCGCGGAAAAUGCGAUUAUCUAAGCAGACGUUCCACCAAUUGCUAGGAGACGAAUCCCCUGACAGCAGCCCUCAUCACUUUAUUUGGAAAAACGUCCUGAAACCGAGUGAAAUCCCUUGGCUUGAGGGGCAUCAGGUAGAGGGACAGAUCGUGUUUCCUGCCGCUGGCUAUGUGAGUACGGCGACCGAGGCUGGGAAGUUCUUAGCCUCCGGACAAGAGGUUCGACUUAUCGAACUUAGUAAUUUCUUCAUCCAGCAAGCCAUCACUUUCGAGGAGAAUAAUUCUGCCAUUGAGGUUCUUAUCCAGCUUUCGGAUGUCGAUGAAUCGGAAAUUGAUAACCUUCGCGCCAAAUUCACUUACUCAGCUGCCCUCGGCACCCAGGCCACCGAACUUACAUUAGUAGCGAGUGCAGACGUACGUCUCAUUUUAGGUUCAGAAUCACUCACAAGCCUCCCCAAACGAGGACCGCCAACUCCCCACCUCAUCAAUGUCGAACCACAACGCCUAUACGGAUUCAUGGAAAGUCUGGGAUACAAUUUCAGCGGUUCGUUUCGUGCGCUAAAAUCACUAAAGCGAAAACUAGGUAGAUCCUCUUGUGAAUUUCCCGUGCAAAUUUUCGGUACCGGCGACGACGGGGAGACACCACUGCUCAUCCACCCAACCGAAUUCGACGCCGCGUUUCAGUCCAUAAUCCUAGCCUACAGCUAUCCCGGAGAUGAUAAACUUCGGUCUUUACACCUGCCAACGAAUAUCAGCAAGAUCAGGGUCAAUCCUGCGCUGUGCGCUUUACGUGCUGUCAAACCAGAGCAAAAGCUUAUCGUCGAUUCGAAAUGCCAUCGCGCGGACCGUGGGAAGCCUGUAUUAGGCUUUACCGGACACUUCGACUUGUAUAUCUCCGACCACCCCAGCGCAGCGCUGCAAGUUGAUGAAGUGCGAUUCAUGAGUUUUGCCGGGGUAACGAAUAAGGACCGGAAUGUAUUCCACAAAAUAGAUUGGGUGCUCGCCGCACCUAAUGGGGAUUUCCCGGCGGGUGGUGCCCCGGAUAUGUCAGUUGAUCAGGAACGUUUUCGGGUGUUAAGCCGGAUCGCUUGCUUUUAUCUCCGGAAAUUUGAUGAGGAAGUCCCGGUUGAUUCGCCCUCGAGGACUGCCGAGCCUCUUUGUCAUUUCUUGAAUUAUGCUCGCCAUAUGACUAAGCUAUUGAGGAGCAGCAACCAUAAGUAUGCCAAGACCGAGUGGAUUGCGGAUACUCUUGACGAUGUUAUGGAGGAUGUGAAUCAGCAUGGGUUUUCCGAUAAUGCCGACGUAAAGAUCAUGCUCCUCGUUGGGGAGACUAUGCCACGAGUGUUUGCGCAAGAAACUACCAUGAUAGAGCAUAUGAGAGCAUCUGGCCUACUCGACGAGUACUAUGCCGAUGGCUUUGGAACCAAGCAAUCCGUGUCGUGGCUCGGUAAUACGGUAAAGCAGAUAACAGACCGCCAUCCUCAUCUCAACAUCCUCGAGAUCGGCGCAGGGACAGGCGGGGCGACGAAGAGUAUCCUAAAAUCCAUCGGACGUAGUUUUGACAGCUAUACCUUCACCGAUAUAUCCUCCAGCUUCUUUGAGAACGCCGCCGACUUGUUCUCUUCCUGGGGAGAUCGCAUGGUUUUCAAGGUCUAUGAUGUCGAAAGUGACCCUGCCGUCCAGGGAUUCGAUGAAAAGACUAAAUAUGAUGUGAUAGUCGCAUCGCUUGUCAUCCACGCCACCGCAGAACUUGACAAGACUAUGAGAAACUUGCGUAAGCUUCUGAAGCCUGGGGGGUACUUAGUCGUUGCCGAGGGUAGCAGUGACGGACCCCUACAAUCCGGCGAUGGGUUUAUCUUCGGUGGCCUACCGGGAUGGUGGCUUGGGGUGAAAGAAGGACGAGUGCUUUCACCGUUCAUAAAUACCGAGAAGUGGGAUGCCUUGCUCAAGCGCACGGGUUUCUCGGGUAUUGAUGGGUUGGCACCACCUGAGUUCUUGGAGACCUUUGGUCUUGUGCUGUUUGUAUCGCAGGCCGUCGAUGAGCAGAUCUCAUUUCUACGCGAGCCGCUCGCAAUUAAUGGUCCACCUUCUCUACCAAACCGAAAGAUUUCCAAGUUGGUUAUCAUAGGAGGCAUUACUGAACCAGUGUCCACGCUGGCUCGCCAAAUAGGGACGAUUCUCGAAAGUCUCAUGGAUCAGCUAUUUUUCUACCUGACUUUAGAGGAGAUUGACCAUGACAUCGUCGAUGAGAACUCAACUGUCAUUAGCCUGGUUGACUUGGAUGCGCCUACAUUCAAUGCGAUGACACCUGAGAGGUGGCUUGGCUUCAAAAAGCUAUUCGAGACUGGCAAGACGUUGCUAUGGAUUAGCACUGGUCGUCUUGCCGACGAGCCCUUAGCCAACAUGCCUGUCGGCUUCGGCCGUUCAGCAUUAAACGAGACACCGGACUUACACGCUCAAUUUCUUGACUUUCCCGCACUUGGUGAUGUCAAAGCUUCCGUAAUUGCUGAAAGUCUUCUUCGUCUCCAUGCCAAGGAUCUACACGGCGACGAUCUCCUUUGGACAGUUGAGCCGGAGCUUGUGAUUGACGAGAAAGGACGCUAUUUGGUACCGCGAAUAAACCCUAUUACUGCUGCCAACGAACGGUAUAAUUCUAUUCAACGUCCCUUAUUCCACGAUGUUGAUGUGAGCAAGUCACCCGUAGAAUUGCACUCAACUUAUGAUUGCAGCAUAACAGAGAUAUCUAGGUACGAUACCAUUGGAGAUAAGAGGGCGGCGAGCAUGAAGUUGAGAACGUCGUAUACUGUCCUAUCCACUCUCAAGACUGAUGCUGGUCAUCACUUUCUUUCUUCGGGCAUUGAUUCUCUUGGAUGUCGCUACAUGUCUCUUCUUUCAAGGCCAACGUCUAUACUUGAAAUCCCCAGAGAGUGUGCUGUUGCUUUUGACAUUGAUAUCCUAGGCCUUACGGAGGCUAGUUUCUUGACAGCUGUAGCCGCACACUUGAUUGCUAUGGUUAUCAUAGCACCGGUUUUGCCCGGACGAACGGUCAUGCUGCAUAAUGCUCCGUUGGUGAUUGCAGAUGCUGUCGAGAUCCAGGCUUCCCUCAAGAACAUAUCAAUGCUCUGUACAACCGACGCAGAAAAUGACGAAUCAAUACCAGAAACCUGGAUUCGACUACCUCCGUAUAUUUCUAGCUCGGAGCUCUUUUGCCUUCUUCCUAAGAGUCUAGCCUCUUUUGUUGGCCUUUCACUAGAAAAUUCCGAUAACGAGCGCUCUAUUAUUGCCCUUCUCCCAAGCCACUGUAUCAAGCAGACGGCGAACAACCUUUUUAUGUAUUCUCCGGACGAUAUCGAUACCAACACGACAUCUGGAAGCAUUCUUACUGGAAACUUGAAAACGGCAAUUCAAUUCGCACAGAAUAAUGCGACCCGAGCUCUAGACGCCAGCGAAGAGACAGUUAGUCUUGAAAGUGUAAUAACGAAACCGCGUCCCAGAAAUCCUAUCGCGAUUGUUAACUGGACAUCUCCGAGCCCGCUCCGAACUCAAGUUGCGAGGCUUGAUAGCAUACCAAUGUUUAAAAAUAACAGAACAUAUUGGCUCUGUGGUAUGUCUGGCUCCUUGGGUAUCUCGCUAUGCGACUGGAUGAUCGACCGGGGUGUUACGUAUCUCGUCAUAACGAGUAGGAACCCGAAGAUAGACGUUUCAUGGGUAGAGGAUCAUAGGCGGAAAGGAGUCAAUGUGAACAUCAUGCCAUGUGAUGUAACUGAUGAAAUCGCUCUGAAAGCGGUCCACGACGAAAUCGUCCGGACAAUGCCGCCGAUCGCAGGAGCUCUGAAUGGUGCGAUGGUCUUAAGUGAUUCGUCUAUCCCGAACAUGCAAUAUGAUCAGGUUAUGGAUGUGGUCAGACCGAAGGUCCUAGGAAGUUCCAACUUGGACCAACUAUUCUAUGAUGUCAAUCUUGACUUCUUCAUUCUAGUCUCGUCCAUCAAUUGUAUCGUUGGAAAUGUUGGCCAAGCCAACUACGCAGCGGCUAACAUGUACGUAUGUAGCCUAGCAGCGAAACGGAGAAAGCGAGGCCUUAAUGCUGCCGCCGUAAAUAUUGGGGCAGUGAUAGGAGCUGGCUAUAUCACGAGAGAAACCGAUCGGGGGCUCGAUAAUACGGUAGAGAAAAAUGCCUUAAUGCAUCUUUCGGAGGAUGAUUUUCAUCAGAUCAUCGCUGAAGCAAUAGAGGCGGGCUAUCCCGACUCGCCAAGUGGACCAGAGAUUACGACUGGGCUACUUGAUAUCUCUCCUGAUUCUCCUAAUAUCCCAAAGUGGUACUCGAAUCCCAGGUUCUCCCGCUUUCUCGUCCACCAGACUGCUAGCGCGGAGGAUAAAAAGGAGGAAAUCGCCACAGCAUCGAUUCAAGAUCAGCUUUAUGCCUGUAAGACAGAGAGUGACUUGAGUCUACUCGUAAGGGAAAGAUUCGGGGACCAACUGCGUAAGAUUUUACAGACACCUGCCGGCAUACUUAACGACGAGAUCCUUUCUAAGAGCGGUAAAGAACUUGGGCUUGACUCCCUCGUCUCAGUUGACAUACGAUCCUGGUUUUCGAAGAACUUCCAGGUUAGCGUCCCCGUUCUCAAGAUAAUGAGCAAUGAGACCAUGUCAGAUCUUGUCCGGAGUUCUCUCGAGUCCAUCCCGGCCGAAUUAACACCCCAGAUGGAUAAACCCGCGACCGAGAAGAUUGAGGAGCACUUAAUCUCGAGCACCGAUAGCGGGUCUGCCUUCUCCGUAGAUGGACAAGAGUCGGCAUCUGAUAUAAGUUUCGUACCUAUUGAUUGGGAAGCCGAGUCAUCCCUACCGUCUGACCUAGUCAAUAUACCCCUUAUAUCCGAUGCACCACCCGCUCUACCACCUAGAGUUGUCGUUAUUACCGGUGCCACAGGGUAUUUAGGCACACAUCUCAUCAACCAUAUUCUGAAGAGUCCAAGUGUCGAGAUGAUACACUGCCUAGCGGUGCGGAAACUUGAAACCCGUCUCCAGAACAACGAACUCCUGACGGAUCCCCGAGUCAAGUACUACCAAGGCAACCUUUCGGAGCCACUCUUCGGACUUUCUAAACAGCAAGCCGAUUCCAUCUUCGCCGAAACCGACGCGAUAAUUCACAACGGAGCAGACACCUCGCACAUCAAAUAUUUCACAGACCUACGAGCCGCCAACGUCGGAUCCACAAUCGCCUUAGCUCGCUUCUGUCUCCCACGCCGAAUACCAUUCCACUAUAUCUCCACCGCUGGCAUCUCUAUCUACACCAAUCUUGAAACCUUUCCCCCGAUCUCCAUAUCAGGACCGGGAUCUAAGCAUCCCCCGACGGACGGCUCUUUCGGGUAUGCUUGCUCGAAAUGGGUUAAUGAGCGCCUCCUCGAGCGCGUACAUGAGCAGUACCCGGACUUCCCCGUUUACAUAUACCGGCCCUCAACCAUCAUCCGCGAGGGCGUCGAUGACGUCACAGCGCAGGCAGAGUUAGACUGGGUGAAUUCGCUGCUCCGCUAUAUACGCAAGUUGAAGAUCGCGCCUCAGGUUGAAAAUAACCACGGGGUGUUAGAUUUGGUGCGUAUCGAUAGCUGCUGCGACGGCAUACUCAGCCGUGUCUCAGCAAGCAGAGCAGGCGGGGGAAUCGAAUAUGUCAAUCAAGUCGGUGACGCCGUCAUCUCACUAGAUGGCUUGCAGGAUAUUGACGCUAAGGAGAGGGGAUCGUAUGCUGUGUUACCUCUGCAUGAAUGGAUUAGUGAAGCCACGGCCGCGGGUCUGCAUCCGGCCGUUGCUUUGCUUAUUCAAGACAUGGAUGGUCCUGGGAGACCUGCUUAUCCAAAACUUCUAAGGGAUUCCAAAUAG